AUGUCUUCUCCCAGGACGGUUAUUGUCUUUGGGCCGACUGGAAAAGUUGGCUCCGUUGCCGCCCUUACAGCCCACGAAGAGGGUGCGAAAGUCAUUCUUGCAAUGCGCGACCCAUCUAAAUCUAUUCCGAUCCUCGACGGUCUCUGUAUUGAACGUGUUCAAGCCGACCUCACAAAGCCGGAGACCAUAUCAACCGCCGUGCGCCAGACAGGUGCCAAACACGCAUUCAUUUACAUAGCUCACGGCGGCAAUGAUGGGAUGCGAGGCUCAAUAACAGCUCUGAAAAAUGCCGGUAUUGAAUCGGUUGUCUUUCUCAGCAGUUUCACCAUUAAGCAUGACAUUCGCGCCGUACCUCCCACCGAACUGGUCCCGUACAUACACGCUCAAGUCGAGAUAUCGCUGGACGACAUAUUCGCAGAGAAUGGUGUCGCUGUUCGACCUGGCUACUUUGCUAGUAACUCACUCCAGAUGAAGAGUGAUUGCUUAGCUGGAGAAGUGAAAUUGCCGAACCCCGAUGCCCUUUUUGAUUGGAUAGCGCCAGGUGAUAUUGGCCGUGUUUGUGGGAGUAUUCUGGCCCAUGGAACUGAAGAACGUGUGGUGCCUGUUGUUGGACCGCAUAAGUUGUCAUAUCAUGAAGUCGUGGCUGAAAUUGGUCGUGUUAUUGGAAAGGAGCUUAGGAUCACGAAGGUUUCGGGUGAAGAGGCCGUGCAGGUCAUGUCCGAUAAACUUCAUGUUCCCAGACAUUUCGCUGAGUGGUUUGUUACGAAUAUCACGGGGGAUAGCUCGGAUAUUUCCAACUCCCCUGAUUAUGCGAAGGCCGUGGAAAAUAUUUGGAAGUAUAAUAAAGAGCCAGUCACAUUUGAGCAGUGGUUAAGUGAGAAUAAGGCGCUCUUUUUGGCUUAG